GCUGACUUGAGGAGCAUGGAGGAGGAUAUGCAUGCGUGCGUACAUACGUCUGUCUGUCGUCGUCCAUCACCGCGCGCCGCCCUCGCCUCUCUUUCUCACAUCAUCUUCUUGCAUUGGUCCUCAUCUAGCCUGCUGCCUGCCAUACCUAGCAGCGUUUCACUUCACUUCACCGCCGCCGAUGGAUGCCCAUGCUCACCGGUCUUCCCCCGCCCCCUCACCGCCCUAUUCUAGCUAUUUAGUGCUGCUAGCCUAGCUCUACUGCUACAACUACAGUACCAGUAGUACGCUACUAGCCUGCCCUCUCCUUUCCGCUCGCUCGUGGUCGCGGGCAUCUCAUCUCCCUCCCUCCUCUUCCUCUUCUCCCCUGUGCCAGCCUUGUACAACUGCCUGCUCCUGUGCCACUCCCAAUCCCCCCCUUCCAUCCACCACCACCACCUCCUCCCCCCUCCGCCCUUUUCUUUCCCCUUUUCCUCACGCCCCUCUUUCCAGUUUGUGCUGUCUGCUGUGCUGUGCUGUGCUGUGCUCGCCGGCCGGCUGGCCUGAUCUUUCCAACUCCCCCCCUCUCCCCCCUCCUAACCUCACCACGCCUCCAGUAGCGCUAGCCAGCAGCCACCUCCAUGCGCGCUAGCUAGCUCCUGGCACAGCUCCAGCUUCUCCGAUCCACCUCCAUAAUUCUGCCGUGCGGCCACCAGCAGCAGCUCCGGCCGGGAAAGGCGCAAGAUUCCGCCUUGGGUUCCUUGCGCGCGCGCGGGUAAUUAAGCUACCUUGCUAGCUAGCAAGCUCGCUCCACGCGCCGGCCGGCCGGCAUGCAGCAGCCGGCCAUGCCGCCUCCAUUCUCGCCUGCCGCGGCGGGCCAGCACGCCACGCCCAUCAGCAGCCGCCCGCCGGAGCCACACCCACACCCACACCCACAGCAGCAAGGCGACGAGCUCGGCGGUGGGUCGGCGGCUUUUUCCGGAGGCAGCAGCUUGGUCGUCGUCUUGGACCACGACGGCGGCGCACCCGCGGGCGACGGCGGGCCUUCCGGCGGCAACCGGUGGCCGCGGCAGGAGACGCUGGCGCUGCUCAAGAUCCGCUCCGAGAUGGACGCCGCGUUCCGGGAGGCCGCCCUCAAGGGACCCCUCUGGGACCAAGUCUCCAGGAGGCUGGAGGCCAUGGGCUACAAGCGGAGCGCCAAGAAGUGCCGCGAGAAGUUCGAGAACGUCGAUAAGUACUACAAGCGCACCAAGGACGGCCGCGCGGGCCGUGGCGACGGCAAGGCAUACCGCUUCUUCUCCGAGCUCGAGGCCCUCCACGGCGCCGCGCCGGCGGUGGCGUCGCUCGCGCGUCGGCCUGUGGCCAUGGCGCCCGCGCCACCACCACCGGUCACGGCCCUCGUGGGCGCGUCCACCGGCAUGGCGCCGACCGCCUUGCAUGCCGAGCCACCGCCGAUGCCGCAGCCUGCAGCUCCGGCUCCAACGGGGACGGGGACGGGGACUGGGACUGGCAGUGUCACUGCUACCAUCGCGCCCCCUGCAGGCGCCGCCGCCAGCGACGCGGCGGCGGCGGCGGCAUGCAUGAUGACGCCUGGUGACGUCAGCUUCUCCUCGGGCUCGGACGGGGAGGACACGGAUGAGACCGGCGGCGGCAGCGGGAAGCGGAAGCGGGACGGCGGGGAGGACGAGGACGGCUUCGGCGGCAGCAUCAGCAGCAAGAUGAUGCGGUUCUUCGAGGGCCUGAUGCGGCAGGUGAUGGAGCGGCAGGAGGAGAUGCAGCGGCGGUUCAUCGAGGCCAUCGAGCGGCGGGAGCAGGACCGGAUGAUCCGCGAGGAGGCGUGGCGGCGCCAGGAGGUGGCGCGCCUCGCCCGCGAGCAGGACGCGCUCGCCCAGGAACGCGCCAUGGCCGUGUCCCGCGACGCCGCCGUCGUCUCCUUCAUACAGCGGGUCACCGGCCAGAACAUCCCCAUGCCCGUGCCCUCGCCCGUCGCGCCUCCGCCGGCCUUCAUCACCGCGCUCACGCAUGCGCCGCCGCUGCAGCCCACGCCGGUCGCUUCCGCUGCACCGGCAGCGCCAGCCCCGGCGCAAGCGCAACACCAACCGCCGCCGCCAGCUCAUCAGCUGUCGCCGAAGAAACCGCAAACUGUAAUGCCGUUGACACCACAGGCGCCCCAACAACCGCAGGUACAGCCACGCCAGGCGCCGUCGCCGUCGCCGUCGCCGGCGACGCAUCCGCAGGGCAAUAAGGAGAUCGUCGUCCGCGCUCCGCCGCCGGCGGAGUCGCAGGACACGGCGGGGUUCGGUGGCGGCGCGCCGUCGCCGUCGAGGUGGCCCAAGGCGGAAGUGCACGCGCUGAUCCAGCUGCGCACGGAGAUGGAGACGCGGUACCAGGACUCCGGGCCCAAGGGCCCGCUGUGGGAGGACAUCUCGUCGGGGAUGCGGCGGCUCGGGUACAACCGGAGCGCCAAGCGCUGCAAGGAGAAGUGGGAGAACAUCAACAAGUACUUCAAGAAGGUGAAGGAGAGCAACAAGAAGCGCCCCGAGGACUCCAAAACCUGCCCCUACUACCACCAGCUCGACGCGCUCUACCGCAGCAAGGCGCUCGCGUCGUCGUCGUCCGGGCCCGGUGCAGCUCCGGCGCUGCCGCCGCCGCCGCCGCCGCCGCAGCGCCCAGAUCAGCAGGCUGCUGCUGCGGCGCCGCCCGUCACCGUCGUGCUAGCCCCGGUGCCACUGUCCCAGACGGGGCCUCACGGCAACGGAAACGGCAACGGCAAUGGGUGCGCGGGCAGGGGCAGCUCGGACAAUGGCGGCGGCGGCUCCGGGGGCAUGCAGAAGCAGCAGGCGAGCAACGGCGGGGUUGCUGCCGCCAGGUUCUCCGCCGUGGAUGGCGCCGGUGGCAAUGGCGUUGCGACGAACAAGCGAGAAGAAGGCAUCGUCAGGAAGGAGGAGGCGGUGGCGGCGGAGACGAGGCCACAGCCGGUGUCGAUGAACGACAGCUACGUGGACAGCGACAGCAGCAUGGACGACGACGAGGAGGACGACUUUUACGAUGACGAUGAUGAGGGCGACGUUGGCGACGGCGGGAACAAUAAGAUGCAGUACGAGAUCCAGUUCCAGCAGCAGCAUCAGCAUGUUCAGCCGCAGCAGCAGCAGAACCAGAGCGGCGGCGGAGUCCGGCCGAACGCGAGCGGCAGCGCCGGCGCUGGCGCCGGGCCGGCAGCGACAACAAGUGGGUCUUUCUUGACCAUGGUCCAUCACUAGCUGCAUGCAUGCAUAGAUGCCAAAGCGUACAGAGCUUGCUGUACGUACGUGUCCUCGAUCUUGCACAGGUAAAAAGAAAAUGGACACACCGAACAGCAUCAAAACCAUGCAUUUUUACUCUUUUCGAUCCAUGGACAACACCGAGCUCUUUCCUUGUUCAUCUUUUCAUAUCUCUGGAUCCAAUCUAAUCCUGCACAUACACAUGCAUAUGCAUGCAUAGAGGACACGUACGUGAGAUUCACCGUACAUAUACGUAUAGAUGGUGGUGCUAUAUUGGAGGAGAAAGCUGAUGAGGGUGUGGGGGGUACAUAUCGUGUGUUACUGCAAUACACUACACAGUUUGUUGUAUGGUACGUACAACAAAGACUCAAAGAGACAUCUUGAGCUGAUGGAAACAUAUACAUGUGCUCAUGCAUGCGGGAAUUUCUUUCUUUCUUCUUCUUUUUUCUUUUUUGCACCCCCUUUUAAGAAGAGUUGUUACCGAACUGUCCAUUCUGUAAUUUAUUAUAAAUUCGUUAAUUAUUACAAAUACUGUGGUUAUAUUAAUGGCUUUUAAAUUA